UCUGAGCUCCUCACAGCACACUCACAAGCUCUUAACGACUGUUCAGCACAACAACGGGAUUAUAAACUGCUCGCACACGCCAAAGAAGGACUCGUCUGAUCUGAAUUACGGAUCUUGUGGAUAUUGUGAUAUCUUUUUCGCUUUUGGAAUUCAACUGGAAAAUAUCCUCAAAAUGCGUCUCAUUCAAAAUAUGUCCACCAUCGCUGAGUACCCAACUUCGGAGUGCCCGUCUGGUCGGGUUAUCAAAAUAGCAGUGAUUGGUGGAAGCGGCGUUGGAAAAACUGCGCUGGUUGUGAGAUUUCUAACAAGAAGAUUCAUCGGUGAUUAUGAGAGAAAUGCAGGUAACCUCUACUCUCGGGAUAUCCAGAUCGACAAUGAGCAAGUGGCCAUUCAAGUUCAGGACACACCAGGCAUCCAUGUCACAGCAAAUGGUCCAGGUUGCACUGACCAUGUGACUCGCUCCAUCCAGUGGGCUGACGCCAUUGUCCUGGUCUACUCCGUGACCGACCAGCGCAGCUUUGACCUCAUUGGUCCACUCCACCAACUCGUAGCCCGAGCCCAUGCUGAUAGAGCCAGCGUGCUGCCCGUCAUCCUGCUGGCCAAUAAGGCCGACCUGCUGCACGUGAGGCGGGUGGAUGCCCAGCAGGGUCCCCUCCUGGCGUCCGCGCUGGGCUGCAGCUUCUACGAGGUGUCAGCCAGCGAGGACUACAGCCAGGUCCACGGCGCCUUCCACCGGCUGUGCCGCGACCUGGCCAAGCAGCCCCCUGCUGCCGGCGCCCUCCCCUCGGCCAGCAGCACCGCCACCUCCGCCGGGUCCGAGAAGCGCCGCUCGCCCCUCAUCCCCCGGCCCAAGUCCCCCAACAUGCAGGACCUGAAGAGGCGCUUCAAGCAGGCCCUCUCGGCCAAGGUGCGCACGGUCACCUCCGUGUGAAGGAGCGAGACAGAGAGACAAAGUUACAGAUGACAAGAAGGAUGAAGUGAGUGGCUUACGGCUGCCAUGAAGUGAAGGAGAGGCAAGACAAGGUGAAGCCAUGGGAGAAGAGAGAAAUGGACACCUUUGGUCAGCCUCCUCCUCAUAUGGGUUUUUUCGAAACCUCGGGUGCCUCGAGUGCAGAGAGCCCUUAGCCUUACCGUCGAGACAGCACGGCGACUGCUGAACUCUCAACUCGUCGCAUGAGAUGCGCAGAGCCAGCUGAAGAUGCAGAGACGUGUGACCUCUGACCUUCAUUAAUGCUGGUGGACUGCUGUUUUUAAAUGACAGACUAGACUCUGAAUUCUGUACCUACACAGCAGAAUCAUGGGAGGUGUAGUCUUCAAAAAGCCGUAGUACUAAAGGGCUGAAGAGGGCUGUCUGAGACUGAGUAGAAACAGACCCACACACACACACACACACACACACACACACACACACACACACACACACACACUGUGCAUCAGCUAUGAAAACUCAAAUAUCUUCUCCUGGCAACAGCGACUCUCAAGGAUGCGGCAGAGGGUAUUUUUAGUUGCCUUUCAGUGGCACAAAUGCCACCUUUUUUGCCUCUCUUAAUGCUAGCCUCUGCUCGUGUCCCUGAAAAAGAAAGUCCAAUUGAUGAGCUGCUGGAGAAGCAAGGCACUUUUUUUGUAAAGCUCCACAAUGUGUAUGUGUGUGUGUGUUAGUGUCACUCACUCACUUGGUUUGAAUGGUCACAGCAAAUAAUUUCUAUUUGGUACAAUCAUAUGUGAUGCACCACUUUCAGUUUGUGGGAUGAAACAUUACAGACUUUGAUGGAACAUUUGAAUAUUGGGGAUUUUGCUGGGUGGGUAAGGGACAGUAUCUCUUUUUGAAGCACUUUAUAAAAACAAAGAAGAAUUUAGAAAAAAAAAAAACAAUGCCAAAGGGCUGAAUAUUGAUGUUAUUUAUUUCUACUUGUUCACAAUUUUUUUUGUGGCUCAAAAUAAAACAUUUGAAAUGAA